UAAAUUUUAUAAUAUGUUUGAUUUGUCGAUUCAAAAGUUUUAAGUUUUAUUCAUAUUUAUAUUACUGCGCCCACUUCCGUUUAAUUUAUUUUACCGGCUAAAAAUGCGCGAAUGCAUAAGUAUUCAUGUUGGCCAGGCUGGUGUUCAAAUGGGUAAUGCCUGUUGGGAAUUAUAUUGUCUAGAACACGGUAUUCAACCAAAUGGUCAAAUGCCAUCUGAUAAAACUCCAGGUGUAAUGGAUGAUAGUUUCAAUACUUUCUUCUUUGAAACUGGCUCAGGAAAGCAUGUUCCACGAGCUGUAUUCGUUGAUUUAGAGCCAACAGUUGUGGACGAAGUAAGAACUGGGAUGUAUAAACAAUUAUUUCACCCCGAACAGCUGAUAACUGGGAAAGAAGAUGCAGCAAAUAAUUAUGCCCGUGGACAUUAUACUAUCGGCAAAGAAACGAUAGAUAUAGUUCUUGAUCGUAUUAGAAAGAUGUCUGAUCAAUGUAAUGGCUUGCAAGGAUUCUUAAUUUUUCAUAGUUUUGGAGGUGGAACUGGUUCAGGAUUUACAUCCUUAUUAAUGGAAAGACUUUCUGUAGAUUUUGGCAAAAAAUCUAAAUUAGAGUUUUCAAUUUAUCCUGCUCCCCAAAUAUCAACAGCUGUUGUUGAGCCUUACAACUCUAUCUUAACCACUCAUACUACUUUAGAACAUUCCGACUGUGCAUUUAUGGUUGAUAAUGAAGCCAUAUAUGAUAUCUGCAAAAGAAAUCUUGACAUUGAUCGUCCUACCUACACAAAUUUAAACCGUUUAAUUGGACAAAUUGUAUCAUCAAUUACAGCUAGCCUAAGAUUUGAUGGUGCAUUGAAUGUUGAUCUUACUGAGUUUCAAACAAACUUAGUACCUUAUCCUAGAAUUCAUUUUCCAUUAGCAACAUAUGCACCUGUUAUUUCAGCUGAGAAAGCUUGUCAUGAACAACUAAGUGUUGCUGAAAUUACAAAUUCUUGUUUUGAACCAGCAAAUCAAUUGGUAAAAUGUGAUCCACGACAUGGAAAAUACAUGGCAUGUUGUCUUUUAUAUAGAGGUGAUGUUGUGCCUAAAGAUGUUAAUGCUGCCAUUGCAACUAUUAAGACUAAACGUACAAUUCAAUUUGUGGAUUGGUGUCCUACUGGGUUUAAAGUUGGGAUAAAUUACCAACCACCAACAAUAGUUCCAGGUGGAGAUUUAGCCAAAGUUAAUAGAGCAGUAUGUAUGUUGAGUAAUACCACUGCUAUAGCUGAAGCCUGGGCUAGACUGGAUCAUAAAUUUGAUCUCAUGUAUGCAAAGAGAGCCUUUGUUCAUUGGUAUGUAGGUGAAGGUAUGGAAGAGGGAGAAUUUUCUGAAGCUCGUGAAGAUUUAGCGGCUCUGGAAAAAGAUUAUGAAGAAGUUGGAGUGGACAGUGUUGAAGGAGGUGAAGAUGAAGGUGAGUAUUGAUUAAAGUUUAAAUAAUCAUAUAAUAAUACUUAAGUUAUGUAAUGACCAAAUUAUUUUACCCUUAUUGUAUUUAAUAUAAUAGAUAUUAAUUUUUUGAUACCCAACAUUUACAUGUUUAUUAUGCUCCCUAGAUUUACACUUAAUUUUCACAUCACAUGAAUUUGCUAUUUGAUACUUUUAAAAUAUGAAUGCUAUAAAGAAUUAAUAUAAUCUCUAUUUUUAAAUAAAAUAUUGCCAUUUUUUAUAAUGUAUAUUUAUUUAAAUUUUAUUAAUAUUAUAUGAAAAACUUGUAUAUCUGUUAUGUAAUUAUAUUCAUAUUUUGUAAUUAGAUACCUGUGCUUUUUU